CUAUCUUUUAUAACUUGCCGAGUGUCGGAAAAGUUUGUCACUCGCUGUUGUCAAUAAAAUAACUCGUUCAGUUAGCUCCUGCUGAGUGUUUGUUGAGGAGCUCGCUGUACGUGAAGUAACGAUAUUUGCCGCCAACACAUAUUUAACACGUGCUUUUUUUUAUUAGUCGGGGAUUUUUCAAUUUUUAUUAUUAUUGUAUUUUGUACAAUUCAUUGAAAUGCCUUCUGGAGAUAUUAUUCAAGACGGCCUCUCAGCUGAAGAAUUGUUCAAAUCCGGCGAAGGCCUUACCUACAAUGAUUUCAUAUUAUUGCCUGGAUACAUUGAUUUUGUUGCCCAAGAUGUUGACUUAUCUUCUCCUUUAACCAAAAAAAUUACUCUACAAGCACCCUUAGUUUCUUCUCCAAUGGACACUGUAACAGAAUCAGAAAUGGCAAUUGCUAUGGCUCUUUGCGGUGGAAUCGGUAUUAUUCAUCACAAUUGUUUACCAAGUUAUCAAGCUAAUGAAGUAUCUAAAGUGAAAAAAUACAAACAUGGUUUUAUUCGUAAUCCUGUAGUAAUAUCACCUGAUAUUUUAGUAUCAGAAGUUUUUCUAUUAAAAGAUGAACAUGGCUUUUGUGGCUUUCCAGUAACAGAAAAUGGAAAAUUGGGUGGUAAAUUAGUUGGUAUUGUUACAUCUAGAGAUAUUGAUUUUUUGGAAGGAUCUGAACAAUUAAGACAACCAGUCAGCAUAAUCAUGACCAAAUUAGAAAAUAUUAUUUCGGCCCAAUCAGGUGUAACUCUUGAACAAGCCAAUAGUCUAUUAGAAAACUCUAAGAAAGGAAAAUUACCUAUUGUUAAUGAAAAUGGAGAAUUAGUUGCGUUAAUAGCUCGAACAGAUUUGAAAAAAUCUCGUAACUUUCCAAAAGCUUCUAAAGAUGAAAACAAACAGCUUUUGGUAGGUGCUGCAAUUGGAACUCGAGAAGAGGAUAAAGAAAGAUUACAUUUACUUCAUCAAGCAGGAGCAGAUGUGAUUGUUUUGGAUUCUUCUCAAGGAAAUUCAAUUUUCCAAGUAGAAAUGAUAAAAUAUAUCAAAAAAAACUUACCAGAAUUACAAGUUAUUGGUGGAAAUGUUGUUACUAUGUCUCAAGCAAAAACCCUUAUAGAAGCUGGUGUUGAUGGUUUGAGAGUAGGAAUGGGUUGUGGAUCAAUAUGCACUACCCAAGAAGUGAUGGCAGUUGGUCGAGCUCAAGGAACUGCUAUAUAUAGAGUUGCUCAAUAUGCAUCUCAAUUUGGUGUACCAGUUAUUGGUGAUGGUGGGAUUCAGUCAAUUGGUCAUAUAAUUAAAUCACUUUCCAUUGGAGCGUCUACAGUAAUGAUGGGUUCAAUGUUAGCUGGAACUUCAGAAGCACCUGGUGAAUAUUUCUUUUCAGAUGGUGUAAGAUUAAAGAAAUAUAGAGGAAUGGGAAGUUUAGAAGCCAUGAAUAGAAAAGAUGCUAAAGGAUCAGCAUUAAAUAGAUAUUUUCAUAGUGAAAAAGAUUCAUUGAAAGUGGCUCAAGGUGUUAGUGGUGCUAUUGUAGAUAAGGGUUCAGUGUUACGAUUUUUACCUUACAUUCAGUGUGGUUUAAGACAUAGUUGUCAAGACAUUGGAACCAGAUCAAUUAAGAAUCUUAGAAAUAUGAUGACAUUAGGACAAUUAAGAUUUGAAAAACGUACACAAUCUGCCCAACUUGAAGGCAAUGUUCAUAGUUUAUUCUCAUAUGAAAAAAGAUUAUUUUAAACUAUAUCUUUAUGAAAUUUUUUGUUAUUUACCAAAUCAUUUUUAUUUUAUAUAAAAUAUAUUACAUCAUGUAUAAAAAAUA